UCUUCGGCUGGGUGGAAAAAAUAUUUGGCAAUUGCAUUUACUCGAGUCCUUGAGGAUAAGAGCAACCGAAAACCAGCGCCCUUUUCUCCUGCAAUCUUGAAAAAUCUUGAGGUGGAGAGCCAAAUUCGUAGAAAAGCAGGAAAAGAAAGCCAGAAGUACGUAAGAAAUGGGCUCAUUCGUUUGUUUCAACUCACUCACUCCGGUUUCCCGCUCGAAUUCCUUUUCGCGCAACUACAGACCAUUGAAAGAUCCUUCUCUCCAGCGGAGUUCGAGACAACCCAAUAGCCGUUCAAGCACCAGCCGAGAACAUAGAAGCCUCAAGUUGAAUACGGAAGUUUCUCCUCACAGAGCAGUUUCGGCCGUACGGUUGCUGAGGAUAGAGCAAGGCGGCGCUUUUGCUGAUUUGUUGAAUGGGCAGAGAGAAGAUUCCAGAGAGCAAGAAAUGGGCUAUGUUGAAAGAACUCUAGGAUUUCGGAUUAGGGAUUUGGAUGACAGGGAUGUGAGAUUGGUGACUGACAUCGUUGGCGGUACUGUACGUUGGAGACGCUAUCUUGAUUACGUUAUAAGCUCGUUUUGUAACGAUCCAGAUGCAGUGAACAGCAUGGAGCCUCUGUUGUUGCAGAUUCUCCGCAUGGGUGCCUAUGAGUUAGUCAAACUAAAUAUCCCAUCACACGCUGUUGUAAAUGAGAAUGUUACACUUGCAAAGACGGCUCUUCGACCUGGUGCAGGUAGCAUGGUGAAUGGAAUUCUGCGGAAGCUAGUUUUAUGCAUGGAAAAGGAUUCACUUCCACUGCCAAGCCUUGAAGGAGAUGAACGUGGGCAAGCCCGUGCUCUUGCUACCAUUUACUCUCAUCCAGUUUGGAUGGUCAGGCGGUGGACGAAAUAUUUUGGGCUAGAAGAUACUGUGAGGCUAAUGACUUGGAACAACAGUACACCAUGCUUCUGCCUCAGGCCAAAUCAUGCAAAAGGUAUUACUAGAGCCGAUCUAAUCAAACAGCUGAAGGCAUUGGAGGUGCAUGUUGAACCAUCUCCUUAUACAAAGGACUUCGUUCACCUCAGAACUGGUAUGCAGGCUGUCCUACAAGCUGGUUUGCUGAGAGAUGGUAUUUGUGCAGUUCAAGAUGAAAGUGCAGGCCUAGUGGUAUCUGUUGUUAAUCCUCAACAAGGUGAAACCAUUAUUGAUUGUUGCGCUGCUCCUGGAGGAAAGACGCUUUUCAUGGCAUCAUGCUUGAGAGGUCAAGGUAGUGUGCUGGCUAUUGAUAUAAAUCCAGGCCGUCUGAGAGUCCUGGAAGAUGCUGCAAGACAACAUUCUGUUGAUGAUAUUGUAAAUACAAUUCACGCUGAUCUGCGUAUGUUCGCUGCAAAAACUUCCAUCAAGGCUGAUAAGGUUUUAUUGGAUGCUCCUUGCUCAGGAAUGGGUGUGCUUUCAAAGAGAGCAGACUUGCGCUGGAACAGAAAAGCAGAGGACAUGGAGCAACUACAGAAUUUACAAGAUGAACUCCUUGAUGCAGCAGCCAUGUUGGUAAAGCCCGGAGGAGUACUUGUGUACAGCACAUGUUCAAUUGAUCCUGGAGAAAAUGCCGAGAGGGUGACAGCAUUUCUUCACCGGCAUAUGGAAUUCUCAGUAGAUCCUGUGGAUAGAUACGUUCCCCAAGAUUUUGUUACAGAGGAAGGAUUCUACUCAUCUAAUCCAGUCCGGCAUUCUCUUGAUGGAUCCUUUGCAGCUCGACUGAUUCGUCAAUAGAUCACCAGCACAAAUUUUUGUCACAAAAGUUUCAGUUAUCUUCCUAAUCAUUUGAUCAGUGAUCAUGUUAUGGAUCAUAGAGAUUUCAUUUUGAAAUUUUUCGGAAUGGUGAAAUGGAAUCAUGCCAUGGCCAGUUUUGAUGUGCCAGAUUCUUCUACAGUAGAAGGUGAGAUUAGGAAAGUUGGUCUGUACAAGGAUCAAGGUGAGCCAUCAAGGACAAGUAUAUCCAAGCCAGUUUCCUGGUUCAUUUUAGGCGCUAGCACUAAUUGUUUGAACCCAUGUGAUCCUUUGUUUGUGUUUCAAUGGCUUAAAACUUUGUGAUCCUUUGUUUCAAGGGCCUAUGCCUGCUUAAGCUUGUGCACAGUGAUAUUCAUGGGAUCUGACCUGUCAUUGCUUUCUUGACAGCUAAAACUUAACAACAAAAGCUUAAUGCCAUUUCUAUCAAAAGACAGGUGACAGAUGCAAAUUCUCUUGGAA